AUGGCUUCAUCCAGCAGUUCUACAAACAAUGGUGCAACUAUUGUUGACGCAUUAAUCGGUUCUAACGAUGAUGACGGACAUGAACGCAUCGAUGAGUCAACUGAUGCUAACAAUUCAAGUUAUGGCAGUCAUAAUGUCCGUCCAUUAUGUCUGUAUGACGUUGAUCAAUUAGGAGAUAUAACAAGCCAUGUAUACAUAACAACUGAUGGAACAAAGUUCUGGAAACCUUUGGUGUCUCCUGAAUAUACACCUACCUUCGGAAUGGUUUUUGACACAUGGAGCGACGCUGAGAAUAUGUACAAGUCUUAUGCUGAGAGGUCUGGGUUUUCUGUACGUUUGGGUGCCUUGAAGAGAAAUGGAACUGUUGUUACACAUAGGUAUAUUCAAUGUACCAGAUCCAGUAAACCUAAGCAAACACAACUUGAAUCGAUGGACCCUAGUGCUUUUAAAGUAUCUCGAAGUAGCAGCUACAAAGUUACUGACUGCAAGGCGCGGCUAAAGCUUAAAGCUAUCUCAGGACAAUCUAGACUUUACCAGAAAAGGAGGAAACUUAGUUAUGACGACCAGAGUUUCAUUCACAAACUAAGCUUGAACAAAAUUGGCCCUAAUGUCGCGCAUAAGAUUCGAGCUUCGUCAAAGGGUGGGCACCAUAAUGUACAAGGAACUGUAGUAGAAUUAAAAAAUUUCACUAGAGAUCUACGGUCUUUUAUCGGCAAGAAGGAUGCACAAAUGGUUGUUGAUACGUUAAAAGCUCGUAUGAUAAAUCUGCCAAAUUUCUUUUUUGAAUGUGUGGUGGUUGACGGUGAGCUAAGAUCAUUGUUCUGGGCUGAUGACGUAUCCAAGUGCAAUUACGAAGCCUUCGGAGAUGUGUUAGGUUUUGAUGCAACAUAUCAUACGAAUCAGUAUACCAUGAUAUUUGUUCCGUUUACCGGUGUCGAUCACCAUAAAAAGUGUGUCACCUUUGGUGCUGGGCUAUUAUACGAUGAAACAAUUGGUUCUUACACGUGGUUGCUUACCACAUUCCUUAAAGCUCAUAACAAUAAGCAACCAACGUUGGUGUUGACCGAUCAGGAUGCUGCGAUGAAACAAGCAGUUUCUGGUGUAUUCAAUAAAUCUAUUCACCGGCUGUGUAUGUGGCAUAUUGUAAGGAAAAUUCCUGCAAAGAUUGCAGGUGAUGUAUUGGAAAAUAUAGACUUGAGAGCUGCUAUACAUAAGCUGGUUUGGAAUUUGUUUAUCACACCUGAAGAAUUUGAAGAAAGAUGGAAUUUGCUUAUGGAAGGGUUACACUUGAAAUAA